UGUCUUGAAGGUCUAGCGACGGUAAUCCGACACAGACAAGACGAUGAUCAAAGAUCUUCACGUUAUGACGAACUCUUGAGUGCAGAAACUAGAGCGGCCAAGAAUGCGAAGGGUGUUCAUAGCAGGAAAGACGCUCCUACACAUAGGAUAUCUGAAGUUUCAGGUACUUAGAUUUACUGCUAAAUUACGUACACUUCUGUCUAUAUAAUAAUAAUAAUAUUUAAUCAGGGGCUUCAUAUAUAACUUCAUAUCAACAAAGGUGUUUUUCGAUGAAGCCCUGUGGAAAUUAUACCUAAAAAUUACAUGAGAAAUUUUAAGAUUACUGUAAGAACAUGAAUAGAAAUAGAAUAGAUAUUUGCACGAUUAAAAGUAGUAUAAAAUUUUCUAUAUAAUGUGUUUGAAAAAAAAUUCAACUUUAUCAAUGAUUGUAAAGUUUAGUUUAGUUCUAAAACCGAGGGUUUUUUUCAGGCUUUGAGAUUCGGUAUAUCAGUUAAUAUGUGCCUUAUAUAGUUGAUCAUACAAUGAAGUUGAGAGUACAGUAUUGUUAUGGUUAACUUGAAAUAUAUUUUCUGCACUUCAUUUGAUACAUUUAAGUCUUAGAAUAUAUUUAGGGGGAACUUUCCUUUUGUGCGGCGGUUAGAAAUCGAAGCCAAAAUUGCAAGUAUAAAUGGGACUUAGAAUGAAUGUUUUAUCGUUGUUAGGUGAUGCAUCAAAGGCCAAACAAUUUCUCCCGUCCCUCCAGCGAGCUGGACGUAUUAGCGGGAUUGUAGAGUUCGUAGCGAGCGGCUCAAGGCUGCGAGUAUAUCUACCCAAGGAAACUUGUCUCAUUACUUUGUUAUUGGCUGGCAUUGAGUGUCCGCGCAUGCAAUCGACUGGGAACCAAGGUCACAUGAUCACUGGCGAGCCCUAUGGUGAAGAGGCGUAUAAUUUUACGCGGGAACAUUGUUUACAAAAAGAUGUAAGUGGAUUGUUUUGACUUUUGGUGUUAAUGUUCACGAAAUUAUAUUUUAGUAUUAGGGAGCAUUUUUUAUGGCGGGGGUUGGCACCGAAGGGAAAUGUUUUUCGUACUGUAGUAAAAUUGUUGCUGAUCCAACAACUAAAACGUUUUUUAGCCAACCUCAAAUAUCAAUAGACCUUUUCAUCACAGCUUGAAAGAGCAUCACAAAAUUAGUAAUAUUCCGAAGUUUCGUUGCGAAAUGUUGUAAAAUGCGGAUAAUAUAGCCUUGCGAAGUUUGCCGUUUUUCAGUCAUUUUGCAUUACAAUUUCCCAUUUGUAAUGCAAAAUGACUGAAAAACGGCAAACUUCGCAAGGAUAUAUUGUCCGCAUUUACAACAUUUCGCAACGAAACUUCGGAAUAUUACUAAUUUUGUGAUGCUCUUUCAAGCUGUGAUGAAAUUUUUGUCCAGGCAUAUCUAGAUCAAAUUUCACUCAUAAGGGGAAAGGUCUAUUAAAAAAAUAAAUACACACAUGUCUUUCACCACUUCUGUGACAUGAGUUUGAUAACUGCUUGUGUAAUUUUCUGCAGUCUAAAGUUUCAUGUUGUUUGCACAUGUACUUUCUUUGGAGACAGCAUUUGCCUCCUGAUAAAUCGGAAAAUGAUCAAGAUAGUGACUCUGAUUGCAUGACUUACAUAUUGUAUUGACAUAUGACGGUUGACAUUGCUCUUUAGUCUCCAAUAUUUGAGUGAAUUAUGCUUUGGAAAUGACUUUGGAAAUGACUGUUGACAUUGCUCUUUAGUCUCCAAUAUUUGAGUGAAUUAUGCCUUGGAAAUGACCCAAUUCUUGAGUUGUUUUGUUUUUCAUUUACCCAACCUUUUACUCAAUCAAAAUUUUGUUUAACCAACCCUUUUCUCUUCGGUGUCACCCCCUGCCAUAAUUCGAAAGAUUUAGAUCGAGGACGCGGACGUCAAAGACGACGUGAAAAUGGCGUCAAAAUGGCGUGGCAUAUCCAUACAUGGGCACAACACGCCAUUUUCACGUCGUCUUUGACGUCCGCGUCCUCGAUCUAAAUCUGACUAAUUGACCGCGGUGGUGUUGUUGUGGCAGUGUUAGGCCCCGUUUACACUAUACCGGAUUGCUAUCGGAGUGGGUCAAAUUUUGUAGUUAUCGAAAGGCUGUGAAGAUUUUUAAUCUCAGAGACCCAAAUCAACAUGCCAAUUCUGUCAGACUAAUAAGCAUUUGCUACUAACCAUUGCUCCGUAACGGCAAAAGAAGAUGUCGUGACCAGCGAAUCCGGUAUAGUGUAAACAGGGCCUUAGUCCUCCUCUCUGUGAAGUUGUCUGAUUAUAAUUUCACCUCAGUCACAUGUGAGAAGAGUGAUGCCUCCCGUUUGACCAAAAACCGCAGCUUUUCGCCAAGGUAUUUUCAUUGGUUUUCUCCUGCGGUACCACUCAUCUAAUUUAAUUGUUUUUUUAAAAGGUCGAGAUUGAAGUUUCGGCUUGUGAUCGAGUGGGAAAUUUCAUUGGCUGGUUAUUUAUCGAUGACCUCAAUUUAUCACUGUCUUUAGUUAAGGUAACUAAUACUAAUAACUAUGACACCGUCGUUUGCAUCUCAGGAUAAACAGAUCAAAUCAUCGUCGAUUCCCGCGUGAAACGUCAGUGUUUGCCCAGAAUAUUUGAACGUUUUAAAUAGCGUAGCCAAGUUUUUGUAAAAUUUCACUCGCAAUUUUGCAUUGAAAUUGAGUGGUUGAAAAUUUUACAGAACUGGAAGUUUGUAGACUGAACUCGCAAUGCCAUACGUUUCCCAAAUGAGCAACAAAGAUUUGGGCAAAUUCUCGAAAAUUGGAAGAAAUCCUAACGCCCGUAUUCUAAAAGCUCACUCGCACUCAAUGAGUGGCGUUCAAUCUGAGCUUCUCUCGAGUGUCAUUGCUGUUUUUGAAUAGCUGGAGGGUUAGUGUCAUACCUUGCUAUGCGACUACUCACCCUCCAGCUAUUCAAAAACAGCACUGACACUCAAGGGAAGCUCAGAUUGAACCUCCACUCAUCGAGUGUGAGUGUGAGUGUGAGUGAGCUUUUAGAAUACAGGCGUAAAUGUGGAAAAAUGCGAUUUCAACCGACCACUUUAAUCAGAUCGUAUUUUAUCGCAAUGAUUCGAUAAAGGAGUCAUGAAAUGACAGCUAAAAGCCUGGGGCCGGUUGUUCAAAGCUGGACCAGCGCUAACCCUGGGUUAAAAUUUAACCUGCUGUUUUAGUUUGUGUACUUCUAAACAUCUGUUUAUUUCAAAACUUCAGAGAAGUAAACUGCUAUCGAUCCAGACAAGAUCUCUGAAGAAAUAUUUCCAAAUUUAUAGAAAAGCUGUCAGGAAGUUUGCUUCGAAUUUUAGGUUAACCUAGGGUUAAAGUGGAAGUCAAGUCCUUGUGUAAACAAACGAUUUGUUUAUACAUUUUGAACUGCUGUAUUUUUUUAAAAUAUGAUGUACUGUCUGAAUAUCUAACACCAUUUUAGUUCGCUAUGCUUCUAAAUGAAUAUGAAUAGAGCCUAUGUUCAGAAAAAUUCGAAACAUUCGAAAUUUGGGCAAUGUUUACAUUAGAACACCGCGGAAAAACGUCUGCGCAUGCACCAAAUUAUGAAAAUAUGGCGGGGAAUUUGAAUAUCAAUUUCUAAAACAAAAACAUGCUUAUUAAUUGGUCAAAAAUUAGUAAAACAAACGAGAAAAUAUAGCAAAUGGGUAGACUAGACAUUAAUUGAAAGCGUCCUGGCAUUUAAAGUAUGGAAUGAAAUAUAAUUCAUGUAAAAAAUUGUUGAUUUUAACGGACACGACUUCGAAAAUUUUUGCAAAAUUAUUCAAAACAAAAAUUAAAACUCAAAAGUUAAGAAAACUCUCGAAAAGUUAAGCUUCUUAACCCACUCAAAUUGUAGAAUAAAUCCUAAAGUUUAAUUAUUGUGAACACGAAAAUUUUUUAUAUUUGGCGACACAGUUUUUUUAAAGAAAUGUAUCUCAAACGAAAAUUCGGAAAUUGUCGUUGCUUAGUUGAUAAACAAAAUGUUUCAGACGAUAAAUUUGUCAACAAUCACCCUUAGUUCAUGUUCUUGUACAAUACAAUUUCUUGAACCUUCUGGCUGUAUUUAUUUCUAGUUUUUAGAAUGACAUGUUUAUUUUUGCGCUCGAAAUCUGGCUGUAAAGACGCACAAUGAAGUCACUCCUUUUUACCGCCAUUUUGAGCCUUCGGAAACGUUCGGAACAGCUUCUCAUCUUAUCCCAUACCUGUGUUAAAAGCGGCUUUCUGAUUGGUUUAGAGCAGGUGAGCUUGUCGCACAAUGAAGUCACUCCUUUUUACCGCCAUUUUGAGCCUUCGGAAACGUUCGGAACAGCUUCUCAUCUUAUCCCAUACCUGUGUUAAAAGCGGCUUUCUGAUUGGUUUAGAGCAGGUGAGCUUGUCGUCGAGCUCACCUGCUUUUUGCCGAGCUCACCUGCUUUUCGCCCGAACUCACCUGCUAAACUGCUUACGUUGCAAUAACAAUAACAUUCGCCCGAACUCACCCGCUAAACUGCUUACGUUGCAAUAACAAUAACAAAUAUGGCGGACAAGAUUUAGGCGAUAAACCUAAACUUUAAAGAACUUUUUUCGGUGACUAACAUACUGAGACUGAAGAAAAACCAAAGAAAAAAUGCAGUAAAGGUAAUGUAGACGUAGAUAAAGAAGUAUUUUCUUGCCCAGUGAUUUUUUGGCCGGGAAAAUGUUCACAAAACAUCGACGAAUAUAUCGCGAAGAGCUACAAAUGUGUGUAUGGCUCGGUGUAUGGGAUAAAAACCAAACGUACUUGCAGGUUCAGUGAGUCCGGGAUUGGAUGCACCUCGGGUGGCUGGAAGUUUCCCGAACUCACCUCGCUUCGCUCGGUAAGUUCGGGAAACUUCCAGCCACCCUCGGUGCGUCCAAUCCCGGACUCACCUCCCUGCAAGUACGUUUGUUAUAAAGUUCGCAAUAUUAUUACAGGUAAGGUUGACGCAUGCGCAGACGUUUUUCCGCGGUGUUUUACAUUAGAGGGUCCUCACAUUGUUAUGAGCAGAACCGAUGCGCAGAACGAACUUGGCUUCCACUUUAAACUAACCCAGCUUUGAACAAUCGGCCCCUGAUCUUUAAAAAUACGUAAGCAGAAAAGCUAUAAACGUAACGAUUAACACACGGCAACCUGUCAAAUUUCAAUUACCUUCUUUUUUUACACCUUGUACGAAUCAAAAUUUCCAGCUAUUUUGUGAUUGCAGGAAGGUCUAUCAGGCGUUCACUUCAGCGCAGAGAAAAGUCCGUUCUACAGUCAACUCAUCAUGGCAGAGGAAAGUGCUAAAACGUCAAAGAUAAAAAUCUGGGCAAACUUCGAGGAAACUAAAACUGUCGAAGUCGUGGAUGACACUUCUGAAAGGCAAUGCAAAUAUGAAAAAGUAUGUUUUGAUAUACAGUAUGUCUACUUUGCUUAUUUUGAAGAGGUGGUUGAACGGGAACGGUUUUGAUAAUUUCUUCUGUAGUAACACUGGAUCAAUAAGACAUGAUCCUUACUGGACCUCUAGGAAGAACAGUUUAGAACUAAAUGAGCUACCCAGUAUGAAUUAAAAAUAAACGUUCUCUGACUAAGAUUUUUAUUUAAACGAGCUUUCGACUACCUAACUGUAGUCUUCGACGGGUAAAGCGGAAUUGAUUCCGAAAGUCGAAAGCUCGUUUAAAUAAAAAAUCUUAGUCAGAGAACGUUUAUUUUUAAUUAUGUCUACUGGAUCAAUAAGAGAUGACCCUUACUGGACCUCUAGGAAGAACAGUUUAGAACUGAUAGACCUAUCCAGUACAAAUGAAGUUAGUUUUGUUUAGGUUUCUUCCUGUAGUAACACUGGAUCAAUAAGAGAUGAUCCUUGUUGGACCUCUAGGAAGAACAGUUUAGAACUGAUAGACCUAUCCAGUAUAAAUGAAGUUAGUUUUGUUUAGGUUUCCUCCUGUAGUAACACUGGAUCAAUAAGAGAUGACUCUUACUGGACCUCUGGGAAGAACAGUUUAGAACUGAUAGAGCUAUCUCGUAUAAAUCAAGUUAAUUUAGUUUAGGUUUCGUCCUGCAGUAACACUGGAUCAAUAAGAGAUGAUUCUUACUGGGAAGAACAGUUUAGAACUGAUAGAGCUACCGAGAAUAAAUAAAGUUGGGGUCUCCUUUUGCAGUGAAAUUUGACAAAGCGGACAUUUCUUUCAGGUUGUAAUCACAGAGGUUGAAGGUCCGCAGUGUUUCUGGGUGCAACAUGCAGAUAGUGGGACUGAGAUCGAGCAAAUGAUGGAGAGACUGAGAACGAAUCUAGCUGACAAUCCACCAGUGCCAGGCUCUUUCACACCGCGCCGAGGAGAGCUAUGUGCUGCAUUGUUUACUGAUAAUAAUUGGUAAGUGGUGAAGGAGAACAUUCUGGUCACAGAUGGUGAUCAGAAAUUAUCCAACGUAUAGGAGCAAUGGGUAAACAAAAUUUUGAGCGAGUAAAAGAUUCGGUAAAUGAAAAACAAAGCAACUCAAGGGUUGGGUAAUAUAAAUAUAUUGUCAUUUCCAAAGCAUGACUUACUCAAAUAUUGAAGACUAAAAAGUACUGUCAACAGUCGCAUGUCAAUACAAUAUAUAAAUCAAUCAAUCACUCAAACAGAGUCAAUAUCUAAAUUGAUCAUUUUCCUAUUUGUCAGGAGGCAAAUGGUGUCUCCAAAGAAAGUACAGGUGCAGACAACAUGAAAUUUUAAGACUGCAGAAAAUUGCACAAGCAGUUAUCAAACUCGUGCAUGUCACAGAAGUGGUAAAGGACAUGUGUGACAAAAAAGUUUUUUAAAAUUUUUUAGUGAUUGGAUCAGCAAAAUUUUCACCAAGAAAAACUCGUAAACAAAUGUAUUUAUGUCGUAACUAAUGUGUUUAUGUCGUAUCCUAGGUAUCGAGCCAGAGUAUUAAAAACAUCUGGACCUAAAGAAAUAACUGUCCUAUAUAUAGACUUUGGAAAUAUCGAAGUUUUACCAAUAUCAAAGAUACGAGCUUUGCCUCGCGACUUUGCAAGGUGAGUCCUCUCAAUAUCAUGUUCAACUUCAAACGAAGUAUCAAGUUUUGCUAAGUGAACAGCAUGAAUAAAUACUGAUUUUACUGACAUGCUUUCUAUUCGUUUCAGCAUGAAACCUCAAGCGGUGGAAUAUAAUCUAGCGUUGGUACGAGAACCAAAUGAUGUAAGUUAACGAUAUAGUCCGUUCUUCUGUAGGGAUGCGACUACCUGAACAUAUAUAUAAGCAGAAUUUCGACGUUUCGAGCUAAGACCGGUCCUUCGUCUGAAUACUUUUGUGUUUUUCCAAGGGAAGAAUCCAAGCGAAGUUUUUACAUAAACUAUAUACACAGCAAAAAAUCAUUUUCUUAUUAAGAAAACAAUUUUUUUUUAAAAUAAGAAACUGGUUUUCUUAUUCUUAAAAUAAAAGUAUUUGACUUGCAAGAUAACAUGUUUACCCGUAACAUGUUUACCAUGCUUGGACUACCUAUUCACACAGGCCGAGCAUGGAUAAAUUUGGUACCAGGUACCACUAGAUUAUUCUUGCUAUCUCAAUGCCAAACAAUUGUACAUGUCCAGGACCCUUGUACAUUAACCCAUUGAGUGGCAGCACUCUUCCCCUAUAGGAAAACUGUUGUACACUUAAUGUAUUACAUUACAUUAUUAGUCAGCUCGCUCCCCAUUGGGACUUUUCAGUGACCGAUGACAUCAAGUAUUACGCUCAUGUUAUUUGCAGUACUUAGUCUACACGGCAAAAAACGCUCAGGUUGAUGCAAUACUGAUGAAAACAGGAUUGAACAAUGUUUUUCUGCCCACAUUGUUCAUAGCUGUCAACAAUAUUGAACAAUAUUGUUACACCCGAUUCAGGCUCAACAACAUUGUUCAAUAUUGUUGACAAGUGUGAACAACAUGGGCAGCAAAACAUUGUUCAGUAUCAACGGGCUCGGCGUUUUUUGCCGUGUAGACUAUUUAUCUUUACAACAAUUCUGUUGAGCAACGGGCUCGGUUUUUUUUUUGCCAUGCAUGUAGACUAUUUAUCUUUACAACAAUUGAGAUAUUACUUUCUUAACUGUGUUUAUCCUAACCCACCCUGUCAACUUUUCCUAUGGGAGGAAACCAGAGCACUCGGAGAAAACCCGCGACUUUCGACAGAGCGUUGACUGACUCUUUUUUCAUGAGUCCGUAGCGAGAAUCGAAGAGGCGAAAGGCGCUUGCUAUGACCACAGUUUAUUAACUGUGCACUGACGACUGCAUCACAGAAGCCCCAGUUUUGUUUUCCCGAGAGUUUCCAUGUUUUCUGAAACGAAGUUGAAGGAAACAUCGAGUUUCGAGGAGAAACAAGACUAUUUUCCGAGCGAACAGACAUUAAAUGUUUUGUUAUAUAGCGACGAAAGAAAAAUCAGCAACAUUCAUACAACAAUUGUAUUUCAUGACAAAAACUAUAGUGUCAACGAGUUUAAACUUAAAGGAACCUACUUGAACGAUUUCAGCAGCUUGUCCUGUUGUCUGUUGUGUAUUUUCUUCUCUUUUUCAUUUUAUAUUUUAACAUAAACUUGGAAAAUCGUAGUUUAUAAACUCGCAAGUUAUGCCGCCAUUUUGUCGGGCGACAAUUUUUCAUUUGUUGCCCGACGGGAUACAUUGCAUUUAUCUAAAGCCACGUGACCACAACUCAACCAAUCACGUUUGGUGUUCACCUUAGCAACAAAGUGACAAAAAAGUUUAAUUUACAAAUUCCUUUUCAGGAAGAAAUGAAGUAUGACUUGAACGCUGUAUUUAAGAACAAAAUAUUGGUAAGAGUCAAGAACGAUCACAUGCAUGUUUUCAUAUAUUCCGUUGUAUUUCACUAAGCACUACACCCUGUAUUGUGCUGCAGACGAUGGUCAACCUGUAGUUAUCCGAGUUAACUGAUGUCUAUUGUGUUUAUAGAACAACAUGUUCUUACUUAACAAGGAAUAUAAAAUUAAUAACCAGGUGAGUUUGAAAUGUGACAAUUCCUGUCUGCCAACUCUUAUUAUUAAGGUUUACACUAUCAAAGUUUCUGUGACCACAGUAGGAAUUUUGUAUAGGUAAAUUCACGUUUUUGAAGGAAGUGACUCGGUGUUAAACACCAAGUCAGCUCCCUCAAACGUUUCUUACAAAUCCUUCAAAACAUAGAAUCUACCGAUGCAGUAUUCCUACUGUGAUCACAGAAUCUGUGUGAGAAACAGAAUCAAAGUUUCUGUGAUCACAGUAGAAAUUUUGCAUGGGUAAAUUCUACAUUUUGAAGGAUUUGUAAGAAAAGUUUGAGGGAACUGACUCGGCAUUUAACAACGAGUUCCUACAAACAAUCCUUUAGUCAUUUACACACGUAAAAACGCACAAGUUGUAAUAAACUUACAGCAGACUUGUAGCAAUGCUGUUCCAGUAACUUGUCAUCAGGAUUUAUUCGUACUGCUUGUUCCCAGCUUGUUGACCAGCUAGGCUAUUAACGGCUUGUUGACAACUUGCUACAAGGUUGUUGAGCUCAACAGACUUGUUACAAGUUGUUCCAACAACUUGUUAUCGUUCUGAAAUUUAACAAUUUGUCACCAAGUUGUGAGUGACAACCUUGUAGCAACUUGAUAAAAUAACAGCACUGUUACAACUUGUUAACAAGCUUGCUGCAAGCCUGUUGUUGACAAGUUGUGAGAUUUUUACAUGAGUAUCAUUAAUAAAUUGUUUCAAAUCAAUAUUUCAAACCUGAAAUUUUGAUCUUAAUUAUCGAUUGAUUAUAGCUUGAUUAUUGAGUGAUUAUUGAUUACAGGAGUUCGUCACUCUCACUAACCCAGAAAGCAAGGAAGACAUUGGCCGAGCGUUGAUUGCUGAAGGAUUGGCACUAGUUGAUAAGCGGAAUGAGAAGCGUUUCCAAAAGAUGGUCAAAGAUUACCUUGGAGCCCAGGACACCGCCAAGAAAAAUAGAGUAAGUGUGACUAUAGUGGUCUUGAAAUACACGUACGUUGUGGUAGAUUCUCACAUAGGCUAAACGUCAAACUGUUGGUUCUCAGUGUAGGUAGUGGUCUUGAAAUACAGAUUCUCACUAUUCUAAACUUCAAACUGUUGGUUCUCAGUGUAGAUAGUGGUCUUGAAAUACAGAUUCUCACUAUUCUAAACUUCAAACUGUUGGUUCUCAGUGUAGAUAGUGGUCUUGAAAUACACAUCCUUUGUGGUAGAUUCUCAUUAGUCUAAACUUCAAACUGCUGUUGGCUCUCAGUGUAGAUAGUGGUCUUGAAAUACACGUCCUUUGUGGUAGAUUCAGUGCGCUUAUUGUAUCUUUCGUCCUUCUUUUUAGUUAAACAUGUGGCGAUAUGGUGACAUUACCGAAGAUGAUGCAAAGGAAUUUGGAUAUCCAACAAAAUAAAUAUUCUUAAUAAUGAACAACAUUUGAACACAAAGUAAUAGAAAUUGUCUUAACUUAUUUUUGAAAUAACGCAUGUGAAUGGCACUAGAGUUUUAAGAAUUUCAGAGAGAUGAAUAUCAAAAUUUGAA